AUGGUCAUUCAUGACAUUACAUCACAAGUUGUGAGCGUUCUGGCCAUUGUCAAUGACAUGUUCCUCCACUUUAAUUACUCUGGUUACCGAUCAGACCAUCAACGAAGUGAGCGCUCAGACCAUCAACUAAGUGACCGAUCAGACCGUCAACCAAGUGACCGAUCAGACCGUCAACCAAGUGAGCGAUCAGACCAUCAACCAAGUGACCGAUCAGACCAUCAACCAAGUGAGCGAUCAGACCAUCAACCAAGUGACCGAUCAGAUUGUCAACCCAGCGACCGAUCAGAUUGUCAACCCAGCGACCGAUCAGAUUGUCAACCAAGCGACCGAUCAGAUUGUCAACCCAGCGACCGAUCAGACUGUCAACCCAGCGACCGAUCAGAUUGUCAACCCAGCGACCGAUCAGAUUGUCAACCCAGCGACCGAUCAGACUGUCAACCCAGCGACCGAUCAGAUUGUCAAUCCAGCGACCGAUCAGACUGUCAACCCAGCGACCAAUCAAACUGUCAACCCGUCGGUCUUCAGAGGACGGGAUCACGGGUGCUGGAGCCCCAGGGACCACUACCCGGGAGAUUCAAGGUCACCUCAAAGAGAAAAUAUUUCACUGCGAAAGAGACGUUGAAUGACAUCAAGAAUGAAUGA